GCCGUCCGCACCCGCCGCCGAUCAGCGCCCCGCGCCGCAGCGCGACUCACAGUGACCCGGGAGACGCGCGCGCACGGCAGACCGGCCGCCCCAGCCGCCGCUGAGAUGAGGACGCUCGCCGUUCUGCUGAUAGGCCUGCUGGGCGUGGCCCGCGGCGAGGAGGUGAUGAACAAGUGCAUCCAGCUAGCGAUGCCGCUGCUCAGCGAGAACCACCUGGUGGUGCCCUCCACCCGUGCCUGAGCUGCAGAUGGUCUGCGACAAGUGGCACGUGUUCGUGGACUGCAUCAACAAGUUCGUGGCGGCACGCUACUCCAACGAGCAGAAGAACGCCUUCAACGGAGCGGUCGAGACGGCCGUCAGAAACGUGUACAGAAUGUGCAAGGACCCCGCCUACAGCGAAGAGUAUCUGACGCACGCACCCUGCAUCAAGCAGAUGACGAUGGAACAGGACCGGUGUGGCCAGUUCUAUACCAACAUGGCACGUGCCGUCACGGAAGGCCUCAGCAGCGACCAGGAGAUCUGCUGCCUCCACCGCAAGUUCCGCGACUGCAUGGCCUCGCAGCGGCCCUGUGAAGGCAGCCCGAACGGCGGCGCCGUCGGCGAGUUCGUCGAGACCUUCCUCGACAACGGCCUGCACGUGUUCGUCCAGAAGUGCCGCGACUACGUGUUCAGCUCGCGCCACUGCGCCGGGCCGCGCCAGACCCGGCUCGACGACCGGCCCGACGACAGGCGCCAGCCGGAGCCACUGCGGCCCGAGCACCGCGGCGCCGACCGCGACACAGGGCGCGAACGCCAGCGCGAGCGCGAGCGCCAGCGCGAAUACGAGCGCGAACGGAGCAACUGGAUCUCAGAGGUGCCAGUUCCCCUCAACAGCAACUGGAUCUCCGAGGUGCCAGUUCCCCUCAACAGCAACUGGAUCUCAGAGGUGCCAGUUCCCCUCAACAGCAUCUGGCACCGCUAA